AUGAGUGGUAAUGCUGAUAUGGUUGCUUUUAUUGUUGAUAAAUAUGAAAUUGAUUUGGAAGAAGUUUAUGAAGAAAAACCAGAAAAUUUCCAUGAAGCUGUUGAUUUGAUUGAAGAUCCAACAGAUUUCAUUAUUUUCUUUGUUGAUAAGGGUUAUAAGUUCUUUGAUGUAAUAGAUAUGGUAGGAAACAGAGCAAUGGUUUCUUGUAUUACAAAAGGAAACCUUGAAAAAGUCAAGAAAUUGGUUGAAAGAAAAGUUCCUGUUGAUCAAAAGAAUGAAGAUGAUUUUGCACCGCUUUUCGUUUCUUUGUUGAAGAAUCAGACAGAAAUUGCGAAGUUCUUAGUUGAAAGUGGUUGUAUCUACAAGGCAAAGGCUGUUGGAGGAUUGACACCACUUCAUCAUGCAGCACAAAAUAAUAAUCUUGAAUUAGUUAAGUUUUUCGUUGAAAAAGGAAUCAGAGUUAAUGAAAUUGAUUUCAGGGGAAAUUCUGCUUUAGAUCUUGCAAAAGAAAAAGGAUAUAAAGAAAUUGUUGAUUUCCUUUUAUCACAAAGUGCUUCUGAAGAUGCUAAGAGUUUAGAAGAGAAUAAAUAUAGUUUGGAAAAAGCUCUUCAUACUAAAGAUGAUGCAAUGUUUAUGCAAGUGAUGGAAACUGAAGGAUUAGAUGUUAACAUGAUGAUAAAUGGAAUGUCAUUGAUAGAAAACUGUUUUUACAAUGAAAUGCCUGAUUCCAUAGCUUAUUUAAUAAAGAAUGGUGCAGAAGUUGAUUUCAAUAAAGAAUUUAUUGAUGUGAUAAAUAAAUUUUGA